AUGACGAGCAUCUCUGACUUGAAGACUGAUGGUAUUGGAGGCCCGCUACAAGUUAGAAUCCUACGGAAAUGGAAACAUGAUGUCCGACAAUACGAGACUUGGUAUCUUGCUGUCGAUAGAUUUAUCAGAGACUGUACCAAAGCAGGCGGGGAAUCAUUUGUGUUGCUCAUACUAACCGAUGAAAGUGGUAGUGAACUUGCAAUCAAUCUAUGGAAAGAAUGUAUAACCAAUCCAGACAAAUUCAACCGCGACUCCUUACAUCCUCCACCUGCGACAACGGUUGUUGCGGUCACGAACCUAAAACCAUCCAUAUACAAUGGAGUAUUACGCUAUGGUUCAUCACAUGCUACGCAUAUCUAUGUGAAUCCGGACAUACCAGAAACAAUAGCACUCAUUAAUCUAUUUACAGGACCUUCAAGACCAGCACCACCACUAUCAGGAACACCGUCAACCCUAUAUGACAUGAAGACAAAAAACAGAUCUGAUCUUCUGGCUUCAAUCAAAGAAUUUCACUAUCAAAACAGCUGGUUCCAACCAAUAUGUCCAAUAUGCAAAGAUCCCAUCUUCAAAAGAGGUGAAAGCUGGUACUGCAGUGCACAUGGACUAAUCGAAAAGCCCACUUACAUGUACAAAUUAACAGUAACCAUCACUGAUGCUACGAACACGAUAUCAGCACUGAUAUCUGAGACAUCAUGUCAGAAACUGUUAAAGUCAUCACUUGAGAACUUUAUAUCCAACAACCCACACAUAAACAGAAACACCCUACCUCCUAUCAUCACUAACCACAAAAAACAAACAAAAAAGAUGUCGAUCCAAAUGCUUAGAGCAUCAACUCCCGACAAUAUACGCUUCAUAAUAAUAGAUAUUGAAGACCCAACAACCAGGGCUCAAACAUAUGUGCCAGCAACACCAGCUCAACCACAAAUGACAAGAAUGCAACCAAGUGACACAACACCAGAGCCAUCAACACCUGUUCAACAUGUUGCACGUGCUCUCACCUACGAUCCCACAGAAUCUACACCAAGAAAAAAUGCAAAGCGGACAGCCAAACAGUAG